AACAAUAAGAAUCUUACCCUAUUGUGUUACUUAUUUUUCAUAAAUAUGGAAGGUCCAUUGUCAACUUGGCCAUGGGAGAAAUUGGGAUGUUUCAAGUAUUUAUUGUAUGGACCAUUUGUUGCAAAAGUGAUGUAUUCAAGAUUUCAAGAAGAUAGCAUCAUGGCAACAUGGUGUUUACAUGUUCUUAUAUUAUGUUCACUUAGAGGUCUCAUUUAUCAACUAUGGUCCUCUUUUAGUAACAUGUUGUUUUUAACUCGAAAUCGACGUAUUAUAAAACAAGGUGUUGGCUUUAAACAAAUUGACGAAGAAUGGGAUUGGGAUAAUUUUAUACUCCUUCAAGCUAUAAUGGCUAGUUUAGCCUAUUACACAUUCCCAAAUAUUAUUAAUAUUCCAAUUUGGAAUUUAAAUGGCUUCAUAAUGAUCAUAAUCCUCCAUAUAGUAUUUUCAGAACCACUUUACUAUUACUUACAUAAAUUAUUCCAUGGAAGUUAUCUUUUCAGAAAUUAUCAUUCACUUCAUCAUUCAUCAGCCGUACCACAACCUUUUACAGCUGGUCAUGCUACAUUUUUGGAGCAAAUCAUAUUAGGUGGAGUGAUUGGAAUUCCAAUUUUAGGGUGUUAUGUCAUGGGAUAUGGAUCAAUAGCUAUGAUUUAUAGCUAUGUAUUGGUUUUUGAUUUCUUAAGAUGUUUGGGGCAUUGCAAUUUUGAGAUUAUUCCUCAUCAACUAUUUCUUGCCUUUCCAUUUAUGAAGUAUCUCAUUUACACUCCAACGUAUCACAGCCUACAUCACACAGAGAUGGGAACAAAUUAUUGCCUUUUUAUGCCACUUUUUGAUGUUAUAGGCAACACACUUAACCCAAAAUCUUGGGAAAUGCACACAAAAGCAAGUAUUCAAUCAGGUACAAAUAGUCAAGUACCAAAUUUUGUGUUCUUAGCUCAUGUAGUAGACAUAACAUCAGCCUUACAUGUACCAUAUGUAUUUAGAUCAUUUAGUUCAAUUCCAUUCACAACAAAACUCUACAUUAUCCCCUUAUUACCCCUUUCAUUCUUAGCCAUGAUUAUCAUGUGGCUUUACUCUAAACCCUUUUUAAACACAUUUUAUUACCUAAACAACUACUUACACCAAACUUGGGUUAUACCAAGAUUUGGUUUCCAAUAUUUUUUACCAUUUGCAACAAAUGGUAUUAAUAACCAAAUAGAGCUAGCUAUACUUAGAGCAAAUAAAUUAGGUGUUAAAGUAAUUAGUCUUGCAGCAUUAAACAAAAAUGAAGGAUUAAAUGGAGGUGGAACAUUAUUUGUUAAUAAAUAUCCUAAUCUUAAAGUGAGAGUUGUACAUGGAAAUACAUUAACAGCAGCAGUUAUCCUUAAUCAAGUUACUAAACAUGAUGUUAAUGAAGUUUUCUUGACUGGAGCAACAUCUAAACUUGGAAGAGCUAUUGCUCUUUACCUUUGUACUAAACAAGUUCGUGUUCUUAUGUUAACUUCAUCUACUGAAAGAUUUCAAAAGAUACUUAAGGAAGCUCCAUAUGAAGAUCAAAAAUACCUUGUUCAUGUCACAAAGUAUCAGGCAGCUAAACAUUGCAAGACAUGGAUAGUUGGAAAAUGGAUAACACCAAGAGAGCAAAAAUUUGCUCCAGUAGGUGCACAUUUUCAUCAAUUUGUGGUACCUCCUGUUUUGCCCUAUAGAAGUGAUUGUACAUAUGGUGAUCUUGCUGCCAUGAGAUUACCUCCUCAUGUUAAAGGACUUGGAUCUUGUGAGUAUACAAUGGAAAGAGGAGUUGUACAUGCAUGUCACGCAGGAGGAGUUGUACAUUCAUUAGAAGGAUGGACUCACCAUGAAGUUGGGGCAAUUGAUGUACAAAGAAUUGAUUUAGUUUGGGAAGCUGCUUUGAAACAUGGAUUAAUGCCUGUCUCAAGUUUUAAAAAGACUGAUUAAUAAGUUAAUUACUUUUUAUUUCAUUAAGUAACAAAUAUUCCAAAUUAAUUCAAGUUUCCAAUUUGUAAGAAUUAUUGUAAUUUGGGAUUGCUAGAUUUAUAUUUAUAAGUUGGAUUUAUGGACUACAUAUAAGUCCAUAUAUAUAUGUUUUAUGAUU